AUGCUAUACACCACCGCGGCACUGCCUGAGAGUGAUAUCUAUUUACCGUUCCAGCUCAAGGACUGCGAAUAUGUAUUUGUACGUAAUGACUCUGUUAAGCGGCCUCUUACGCCGGCCUACAUAGGCCCAUACCGCGUUCUUAAACGCGCGGACAAAUAUUUCCAAAUACAAAAGCUGCAAUUUCUUCUUUUCUUUUACCUUCCUUUAAGAUUGCUUUCUUUCUUUCUUUCUUUCUUUCUUUCUUUCUUUCUUUCUUUUUUGAAAUCAUUCAUUCAGUCUUCUGAUAUUUUAUUUUCUAAAUUCAUUUAUGCAAUUUCUUUCUUGAUAUUUUUAUUUUUUAUUUUUCUUCAUUCUCAUUUUUAUUGUUUCGUUAUUCUUUCCUUCUUUCUUUUUUCUACACAUGUCGUUCAUUUUCAUUCGGGAAUUAUUCUCUCUCUGACUUCUUUCGGAUUUUUCCUUCUCUUACUCGUUCGUUUUCGUAUGAUUCUGAACCCUUUUUUUUUCAAACUAUAUUUCUUUUCUGAUUCUUCUUUCUUAUCUUCUUUUAUUUCACUUCCUCGUAUAUAUUUUUUCUCUUUCUCUUUCACCAUUGCUUCUAUUUUGCAUACAAAAGAACCUUUUUCUUUACACGUCACCUCUAUCUUGCGUCUCUCAAGAGUUCAGAACAGUUCAUUUGGGGGGGCGGACACCCAAAGGGUCGCUAAACGACUUUAUCAUCGUCACAGCUGUCCUGGCAGACAAGUUAAUGAUCAAUUUCUUUUUCUUUUUUCUAUUUCACCUCUUGUUGAUUCCAUCUUUUGCCCCCUUUUUUCUUUGUCUACUUUUAAACAUGUUUAUCCAUUCUUCACUAAAUUCCCUUUUCUUCCUUUUUCUACUUUCAUUAAGUGUUUAUUUCUCUUACUUUCCUUUCUACUUUUCUUGCUUUACUUAAAAAACUCUUUUACUGUUUUUCCUUACCUAUUCUUUCUUUUAGUUUUUUCCUUCCUCCAUUUAUAUUUGUUUUUUUCUAGUUUUAUUUCUUUUCCUUCGUUGAAAUUUUACUUCUUCCUGUUUUUCUUGAUUUUUUUCCCCUUACUUUUCCGUUUUUUAUCUUUUCUUCAUUUCGUCUUCUGUUGCGUCCAAACUUUCCUACUUUUAGACUUUUUCUCUUCUCCUCUUUAA